UAAACUGGAAGGAAAUCGUGCGUGGAGGAGGGGGGGGGGCUUCUCUUCCUCUCUCUGCCCCAACCCACCGCGCUCCAGCCCGGCGCCUGGGCUCGGGGAAGAUCCAUGGUGGCAUCCCCAUGUCAUCCUGCUCCAAGUGACUUCAUGUGAUGUCAGCUUUAAAUGUACGAGGCGGUGAGCUGACGCUCGGGAAGAUGUUUGCUAUCAAAAUGUGACUGCGGCCGCACCGAGCUGCUUGGAUGCGUCUCGCCGGAGCCGGGCUAAGAGCCGAGCGCAGGAGCGAGCGGCCGCUCAGCCCAAGUUCCCGCACGGCGCAAAGCCAUGGCGAGCUCGGGGUCGCUGGAGACGGUCAUGCCUUCCCCCUGCCCCCGGCACGACGGCCGGGCCGCCGCCGCUAACCCGUCUAAGAGCCUGGCCUUCUCCAUCGAGCGCAUCAUGGCAAAGACGUCGGAGCCCAAAGCAGCCUUCGAGCAGAGGCACGGCGGCCCGGGGCCGGAGCCGGAGCCGGGCAAGAAGUCGCUCAGCCUGUGCUCGCCGCUGCCCUGCGUGAUCCCUAUCCCUCCGCUGGGCUACGAGGUGCCCUCCAAGACUCUCCUCAACUACUCGGAGCUGUGGAAGAGCGGCCUGCGGGGCGCCGGGGGGCUCUGCAAAGCCAACUGCGGCGUCUGCUGCAAGGCAGAGCUCGCCCUGGGUCAGCCCAGCGGGCGGCUCAUCAAGCCGCAGGUCAUCCACCAAGCGGGGGCCGUGCCGGCAGCCCCCCGCUCCCUCUAUUACUUCAACUACCUGGAUGCCGCCUACCACCCGGCCGACCUGCUGCACGGACAGCUCUUCCCCGCCGGCCUGCUGGGCCCCCCGCCGCCGGGGGGGCUCUCGGCUCACCAGAAGCUUUUCCUGCUGGAGAACGCCAAGCUGGCGGGGUUGGCGGCCGAGAAGCUGCCCCCGCCGCCGCCCUUCGCGCACAAGGAGCGGCUGCCGGGCCACCUGGACCAGGUGAUGAAGGAGGCGGCGGCGGCGGAACGCGGCGGCCCCCCCAAGGGCCACGCCAAGCUGGGGGGGGGCGGCGGCGGAACGGCGGAGGGCAAACCCAAGAACUUCACCUGCGAGGUGUGCGGCAAGGUGUUCAACGCGCACUACAACCUCACCCGGCACAUGCCGGUGCACACGGGGGCUCGGCCGUUCGUGUGCAAGGUCUGCGGGAAGGGCUUCCGCCAAGCCAGCACCCUGUGCCGGCACAAAAUCAUCCACACGCAGGAGAAGCCCCACAAGUGCAACCAGUGUGGGAAGGCGUUCAACAGGAGCUCCACGCUCAACACCCACAUCCGCAUCCACGCCGGCUACAAACCCUUCGUCUGCGAGUUCUGCGGCAAGGGCUUCCACCAGAAAGGCAACUACAAGAACCACAAGCUGACCCACAGCGGAGAGAAGCAGUACAAGUGCACCAUUUGCAACAAAGCCUUCCACCAGAUCUAUAACUUGACUUUCCACAUGCACACCCACAACGACAAGAAGCCCUUCACGUGCGUCACUUGCGGCAAAGGAUUUUGCAGAAACUUUGAUUUAAAGAAGCACGUCCGAAAGUUGCACGACAGCGUCUCCAGUGCUCCUCCGCCUCCACCCCGGGAUCCAACGCGCAGCGGGCAGAGCUAAGGGCCGGCACAGCUCCCGGACCGCCGCUACCCAUCCCAACUGCAGCCUUCGCUUCUCUGUCUUUUCCCCAGCGAGCUCAGCCGCCGGUAGCAAGCGACCUCGAGCUGCAGCUGUAUAUAAGAGGAAUCCUAUUUAACGGCGCUGCGGGCCAAGAGGGGCCGGGCCGGCUGCCUCCCCCCCGCCAGGACAGCGCUCUUUAUACGUGUCUGUAAAUCUCCAUUUUAAAUGUACGCUCGAAUAAGUGAGGAAUAUAUAUAUUAUAUAUAUAUAUAUAUAAUCUAUCAUGGGACAAUAAACCGGCCCUUCGUAGGUGUUUCAUUUCCCAUUCCGGCCCAGAGCCCGGCCCCGUGGGGGAUGCCGUGUGCGGAGCCCGGAGGAGCGCGAGUGAGGGCCGCAGAGGGCCGGGCGGAGCCGCCCCCAGGAGAGGGGCUCGGUGGGCGCCCGCAGCUUCCCGGGGCCGCUCUCGUUCGGAGCUGUUCGGCCGCUCCUCGGUGCCUCUCCCCGCAUGCAGAUGAAGUGAUCUCACGCUCGCUUUCCGAGUAAUGACCCAAAUUAAGAGAGAAAACACAGACCCUUCAAACCGCAUUACAUUAAUCUAAUCACUCCCAGCAGGCCUCAGAAACUCUUUUUGAUCAGAAUACGGAUAAUCAAGCACUUGGAUUACACUAAAUAUUCCCUUCUCAGCUCCCCCCUUUCCCUACUUUUAAUAUGCGAGUGUCUAUUCCGGCCACGUCGUUAGGAACAAUAUUAUUCUAGUGGAGAAACGAGGCUGAUCUCUGCGUGCUGCUCGGGCCGGGCUCGCCAAUGAAGCGGGGAACGAGCGCGACACCCGAAUGCCUGGGGACGCCGCGAUGGGGAGUUCACCUUUCCCCGCUUAAUGGAGCGAUUAAACGGAGGGAGGCGAAGGCGAGCACAGCUCUGCGCCGAGAGAGGGGCCAGGAGGCGACCCCAUGCUGCGCCUUUGCGGGUUGCGGUGCCGGGAGCGGUGCUCCGAGCCCCCCGGGCUGAGCUCCUCCUCACUCGAGUUUUGGGGUUUUUUCGAUGCCAAAACGAUCGCUUUGAUGGUUUGGAGCGGUUGAGGCGUGGAGAGUGAUGCGCGCUGAUGCUGGUAGCGGGGAAAAGAUCGGGGGAGAAUUUGUUCUAAAAGACUUUUUGGGAGAGUUCCGGGUUAAAAAGAAAUUAAUAAUAAUAAUUGGAAUCCCAGCUACAAGUCAUCGCUUUUGGAAACCUUAGGAGAGAGGGAAUCCACCUCCAAGCGAAGAGGCUGUAGCUCAACCUCUCGCAAGCGGAUCGCGGCUGCAGAGCGAGCCCGGCCCCGGCAGCCAGACGGGACGGGAUCGGCGAGGGGGGCCCCGGAAAUGCGGCAGGACGAAAAACCACGGCGGGACGAGGCCGGGAAUCCCGCAGCUCCGAGCCGGUCCUGCCGCCGCUGCAGGGGAAGCGCACCUCGGGGCCGGGGGGAGUCGACAGCCAGAACUGGGCUCGGCCCCGAGCCCUUCCCGCAGCCCGGUGGGUGAGGCAGGGCAAGAGCCGCUCCCAGCAGGGAGCUGCAGAAGAGUUCUUUUCUCGUUCUGCUGACACGCAGCGCUGCCCGUAGAGCUGGCGGAGGGGCAGCGGCGGCCUCAUCGCGGCUCGGAACGUCCUCGGGACACCUCGGAGGGCCGCGCCGGCCGCCCCUGGACGGGUUUUGUCACUUUGUCCCUCCGGGGGCGGCGGGCAGCGGUCCCAGACCGUCCUCGCUCCGGCCGCACCGAGAAACGGAUGGCGAGGAUCGGAGCCCCGGGAGCGCUGCCCGCCCCCGGCCGGGCUCUCGCCCCCAUCCCGGCACACACAGGCGGCGGGUGGCGGGGGAGGGGCGGCUCUGUCAGACGCACACACGCCAGAGACUCCAAUUAUCUUCUCCCUCACAAGAUGUUUCUGCUGUCCACGACUGCUCACACUUCAGCGCUCUUGCCAGCAAGCCUCAAUGGUAACACAAAACCCGCACACAACCCCUUUUCCCGACGCCGCAGCCGCGCACACAACAGAUUGAGCGGUGCCGGUGCCUCGGGGGGAGGGUUAGAAGUGCCUCCGGGCGGGGAACGGCACGAGGAGCUGCCGGGUCUCCCUCUCGGCCCGGCCCGGCCCAAAGCGGACUCCCGAGCCUGGUGCGUCGCGUCGGGCACCGGGAAGCGCCCGAGCCAAAGGCAGCCGCGUUGCCCUUUUCCCUGCACUCCGCUCUCCAAACGUCUGAGCAACCAGUUUGCUGCUAGAAACAUGUUAAUUGCCAACGGAGCUCAUUAAGGCAUGCACAUGCAAAACACAGCGAGGGAGAUUAAAUGGACAAAAGCGCAAUAAUGAACUGUCAACAAUCGAACCCAUCUACAAGACCAGGAGCACUCAAGAAUGAGGCAUUUAGAGGCAACAAAGGAUUGUCUGGGACAGGAAGAAAGGACGACCUAGACUUUUGUUUAGUCAACACAAUUGAUUACAAAUGAGAGAUUAACAGGAUAGCUUCAGAGUUUUUUUGAAGGAGGCAGAAGAGAAAAGUCCAAUUAAGUGCACCGAAUGUUAACUACAUUGAUUUCCACGGCCAGCCCUAGAGAAAUUCUCAUUAAACCAUCCCUGGCGAUCCCUUUUGGAAAGUAAUUUGUCUCCCUGAUGGAGCAGAGAAAGGGAGCCGUGUAAAGAGAAAGAAGCGCUAGUUCUUGGCACAAUGAGCUUAGGAGACACACUGGAAAGAGCCAAAGGGGGAGUUAAUGAGCAUCUGACAAGCCGCUUGGACCCGGGCCUGGAGAGCAGCGAUGAAAAGAUGGAAUUGGCCAACAACUAUUCUUUAUAUCAAACAUAAAAAGGCCAAUCUGAAACAGGGCUGCUCAAAGCUGGUGGGGAAGAAAAGAAAGGCCCCCACUGGGGGGUGGAGUGGAGCGCUCAACUGCCCCAUCGGGACAGGAAAAAAAAAUCCGCUCUGGCACAUCCAUGUCCCAGCGAGAGGGGCUGCCCGACCUCGGCACAGCCAGGCUUCGGCACAGCCCGGGCAGACUCGCCACGGCCGAAGCGCUGCACUCGCAGCCUGGCCGGGCCGGGCACGGUGCGGGAUGCUGUCCCGGUCCUUCCCGAGGGUGCCGGUAUCCCCGAAGCACCCGGGGGCCCCGCGCCUCUUCUCCUCCCGUGUAGACACGGUUCGUUCGGAGGCUCUUAAAUCAGAUUAGAGCUCGUUAAUAACAAUUUUGGCUUAAGUCUGUAUUGACUUAGGUUUAGGAAUGGCUUAGCGCUUUCGCUUAAGUCAACACGACGGCUGAAUUGACACAUGCCUUGCCCAGCCUGCCGAUCCCUGCGGGCGCCCAGGUGCCGGCCGAGCUCUGCCCUCCUGCUUUAAGCCGCACGGAGCAGCAUUUCUACCAUUUUUAAGUAAGACGGCGGAGCUUCGAGAGAGCGACUCCCGCGUGUCAACCACGAGGGUCCCCAACGCCUCCCAGGGCACCGCUUUCCCCGACGGCGUGGUCAGAACCCGCUCCUUAACAUCUCUCUCUCUCUUCAGAUUUGCACCUCGAGGACUUCAGCUACCCCCCUUUUCUCCGGGGGGAGGGAUAGGUAGGCUCUGGAACUCCACAGGCACAGUGCCACGAACACCGCGGCAGUGGGGACAGGCUGGGAGUGACACGCUCACCCCCCACGCCCUCUCCCAAGGGCUCCCGACCCGCGUAGCAGAUCUCACACUGCGGCUGGUUUUACCUCGUGUCAUUCAUCUGCUCGAUCUAGUUAUUUGGGGUGAAGCCACCCCACAGGCAAAGUACCACCACAGACUCAUUUCAUAAAGAGAAAAGCCCCUCACUUACCCCCCCUUAGCUGCUGCUGCUAUUCGCUCUGAUUCUCCAGGUGACCAACCCUGCCUGGGUAUUACUCCCAUUUGCAUGCUUAUGGCUCACACGUGCUUAACUGAUUUAAUCACGGAAAGGUGAACCCAGCACGUGUCCUUAAGUAGGAAUAAAAAAAGAGAAACCAAACAGCUGCGAUUCCCUCUACUCUCUUCUGCACCUGUGGCUGGGGAAACACGUGUAGGUACUGAGAGAGCGUUCUGUAAGAUCUGCUUUGAACUGCUUUACAGUAUGUUUUGUUCUGGGGAAGCCUAAUUGUCCCCAGUAAGGAUGGGAGCAAAGAAAACGGGCCCGAAGUUCAGAAUCAAGCUGAUAAAUCCCAAACAGCGCAAAACUUUUCCUACAACUACGGCGAUUCUGCCGUCUUCUGUGCUUGCCCGACGCUGCGGCAGCGAGAAACGUUCGAAGUGAUGUGCGGGCAGGGACUCAGCACCUCGCCGUGCCCGCGCAGGGUCACACGGUCACCCGUGGGGCAGCAACGCAGCCCCUCCUCUGCCGGUCCUUCCCCGAGCCCCGUCUCCACAGAGCGGCCCCGGUACCCACACGGGAGGCACAGCCCGGCCCCUAAAUCCCACGGAGCGAAGCGCUAACAGCCGCUCGUAAGGACCGAGCCCCAGUAGCUGAAUGUGUCCCCAGUUGGGAACGUUUGCCGUGUAAAGCAAGCAGGCGUUUUGGAUCACACAGAGAGCACCUGAACCCUGCUGCAACCACGUAACCACGUCCCGUUAUCUGUCUUACUCCUUCUACCGUCUUCCUCAGUGCUGUCAGUUGCCAAGCUAUUGCACGUAAAUAGAAGCUUUCUGAUUUAUAACCAGCCUCUUCUUUCUGAUUCAUUACGUUAAUGAAUUGAGAUGUUACCAACAUUGGAUUAGCGCAUAAAUGAAUGAAUCCAGCAAAAGAAAGCUGAUUAUGGAGGGAAAAGCCAAUCGUGCCCAUAAACUAAAUAAAAAGGAACGCCCGAGCAAUGGGGUAAAGCAGCUGAAGUUGUUUCAGCUCACCCCAAACACUGCUCACAGCAGACGGGGGGCUGACAUCGUCUGUUCCCAUGCAAAGCUCUCCUUUGCAGAUUUGCGGACGUGGCUCCCACCGUCACGGCUCU